AAAUGCUACACUUUUGCUUUGACAGCAUUUGGUUCGUUUGAUCUGUGGCGAUGGGAGGAUGUUUGUUGCUGUGUGCAUUCUUACUGCAGCUGUCAGGGUCCUUGCAAGUUGUAUCAGCUGGAAGCGGUGAAGAAGUGAAGUGUGGCGUGGGCGCUAAACCGUGCAAGGAUGGCUCUGAGUGUGUCCCCUACAACCACGUGUGUGAUGGAGAGGCUGACUGCCGGGACGCUUCAGAUGAAGCUGACUGUGCGUUAGCAUGCGCUGAAGACCAGUUCCAGUGUGCGCAUGGACAGAAGUGUAUAGAGCGGAGCCAGGUGUGUGAUGGCGUGCCUCAGUGUCAGGACCGCUCCGAUGAACUGAGAUGUGCCAAGCAGAUGGAGGGCUGCGCUCACCAGUGUGACGGCAAGAGCCGCUGCGUUCCCGUCAGCUUCCUCUGUGACGGGGAGCGGGACUGCUUGGACGGCAGUGACGAGGCCAACUGUGCUGACAUUAGCUGCAGUGCCAGAGAGUUCGAGUGCACCAGUGGCCAGUGUGUGUCGGCCAAAAUGCUUUGCGACGGCCAACCGGACUGCGGGGACCGCUCGGACGAGGAGGGCUGUAUCAAGGCGCCGGUCUGCACCACCAAGCACAGCUGCCCCCACAGCAAGGAGUGUCUGGUACAGGAGUGGAUCUGUGACGGGCUGCAGGACUGCAGAGAUGGCACGGAUGAGAAGGAUUGUCCCGUGGCUCCUCUGAAAUGUGGGACGUUCCAGUGGUCGUGUAAAUCCAAGACGCGGUGCGUCCCUACAGCCUGGUGGUGUGACGGCACGGAGGACUGUGACGAUGGCAGUGACGAGACCGAAUGUGGGCCGGUAACGUGCCUCCCUCACCAGUUCCACUGUGGCAGCCAGGAGUGCCUGGAUGCAGCUCUGCUGUGUGACGGCAUCUCCAACUGUGCUGACGGCUCAGACGAGGGAGGCAGCUGCCAGACGAAGUGUGCAGACGACAGACGCUGCUCCCAGAGCUGCUCCAGCACGCCGCAGGGAACGCGCUGCGGCUGUGCUGCAGGGUUCAGGCUCCUGGAGGACGGGCUGACCUGCGCUGAUGUCGACGAGUGUGAAGCCCAGAGCCCGGCUGUGUGCAGCCAGCUGUGCAUCAACACACAGGGCUCGUACCGCUGUGACUGUCACACAGGCUACAUAAUGGAGGCAGGGGGACACCACUGCAAGAUCACCGUCGAACCCUUCCUGUUGUCGUCGGUCCAAACGGACCUCUUCCUGCUCGGCCUGCGCAGCGGCAACCUGGAUGUGUUGGCGUCCCCGGCCAAGAAGGCCAUCCUCUCCCUGGACUACGACUGGAGGGAGCGGAGGGUCUAUUGGGUCAGUCUGGACACGGAGAGCGUCAGGUGGUCCUCGCUGGACCAGAAGACCACCGGGACCUUCAUUAAAGGUGUCCGGGCGGAUUCUGUCGCUGUGGACUGGCUCGGGAGGAACCUGUACUGGAUCGACGGCGUGAACAGUCAGAUCGUUGCCAUCAGACUGUCGAAAGGCUCCGUGAAGUCCGUGGACCGCAGCGUCAUCCUGGAUGAAGACCUGGAUCUGCCGCGCUCUCUGGCGCUGCUGCCACAGAAAGGGUUGAUGUUCUGGACAGAGAUUGGUAACGUGGUGAAGAUAGAGCGUGCCGGGAUGGACGGCUCGGAGAGGAAGGUGUUGGUGAACUCCAGUCUGGGCUGGCCGGGCGGCGUGGCCGUGGACUCUGUCUCUGAGAGGGUCUACUGGACGGACGAGAGGCUGAAGGCCAUCGGAUCUGCAACACUGGACGGAGAAGACAUUCGGAUUCUACAGAUGAAGGAGAGCACCAACCCGUUCUCGCUGGCCGUGUUCAAUGACAUGCUCUACUGGUCCGAUGCGAAGAAGCGAGUAGUGCUGGCUGCGCAUAAAAACUCUGGCAAAAACCUUCACGUUCUCCUGAAAAGACUCAGACAACCUUUUGGUGUGAAGAUCCUCCAUCCAUUGCUCCAGAUGGGCAUCGAGAGCCCCUGUGAGAAGAUGGGCUGUUCCCACAUGUGUGUGUUGGCCCCGCGAAACAAGGCUGUGUGCAAGUGUCCCUCUGGUCCGUUACUGGCUGAGGAUGGCCUGACCUGCUCCAGCCCGGUCAAUUCAGCGUUCCUGCUGAUGCUGUCUCCCGCCACCGUCACACAGAUCUACUUGCAGUCUCGACACACAUUAGGAGAGCUGAACACCUGGCCUGAACACCUGGCCCUGCAGGUGCCCAGCGUCAACGAGGCAGCCAUCAUGGACUACAGCAUGCGUGACCACACCUUGUUCUUGACGGACGACGGUACAACAUCGCUGAGCUCCUUCAAGCUGAAGGGUUCAGACUUGUCCUUUCGAGGGCAGCUUCUAAAACUCCAGGGCGACGCCAUCACUGCCAUGGCCCUUGACUGGGUAACUCUUAACGUCUACUGGAGCAGCAACAAACAGCCCCACCUGCAGGUCACCUCGGUCACCGGUGCAUACUCUGCUGUUCUCAUAAAGGAAGGUAUUGGUAGGGUGGAGUCCAUCGCCCUCCACCCUCCCAAUGGCAGAGUUUGUUUUACUAACCUGGGCCUGCAGGGGACUGAUACUGGUGCCAGUGUAGAGUGUGCCAACAUGGACGGUGCUGGGCGGCAUGUGGUUUGGAAGGAUGCUAACCAGCCCACAUCUCUGGUCUUCUCCAAUGAUGGGGAUACAAUUUACUGGGCUGACGAGGGUUUAGGGACCAUAGGCUCUGCCCAGCUUAAUGGUUCUGGAUACAAAGAGUUGAAGACCGGUGAUGGGCUGGCUGCUGUGGCGCUGAGUGAUGACACACUGUUCUGGAUGACACUCGGUGACAAGACGAGACUGUGGUACAGAGAUGAGCAGCAGAAAAACCAGUUGUGGUUUGAGAUCAGCACAGAGGUGGUCAGCUUGAAGGCUUUCAGCCAGUCCAGUCAAACGGGUUCAAACCUGUGCACAGAAAACAACGGCAAAUGCCAGCACUUGUGCCUCGCCACCCCAAAAGGUCGGACAUGCAAGUGUGCCCAUGACCACGUCCUUGUGAAUGCCACCCACUGCAGCCCGGAGCAGCGCUGCCCCAAUGGCAGCCGGGCCUGUCCGGAUCAACUCUCAUGUCAGCCUGUUGAGAAGUUCUGUAAUGGACAUGUUGACUGCCAUAACCACUCGGACAAGCACUGUGACAGCCUGAAGCGGCCGACUGUAGCGGCGGUCCCUGCGCCCACAGAGCCCAACAGCGCCUCUCCUCCUCCUCGUCCGUCCCUUGUAACUCCUCUCUCUGAAGUCCAAGGCCUGAACACCACCCUGGACGUAAACCUUCAGCUCAGGAACCUGGACGCCCUGCAGUGCAGCCAGAUACGCUGCAGUGGCAAUGGACGCUGUGUGGAGACCAAUGGAGACACUUCGUGUGUGUGUUCACUGCUCUACAGCGGUGAUUCCUGUCAAGACAAUCUCCUGAAGAACCUGCAGAGUCCACUUGUCUACGCCAUUGCGGGGCUCUGUGUAGGAGUGGUGGUUAUAGCUGUGAUGGCAGUGGUGGUUAGACGGAAGAGUGCCAACGCAAGGAGAGCUAGCUUAGCAGCAGCGAAGGACAUGAGCAUGGCUGACCUGGAGAGCAAAGCGGAGACCGCCCCCGGUUCACCAGAAGCCCCCGGUUCACCAGAAGCCCCCAGUUCACCAGAAGCCCCCAGUUCACCAGAAGCCCCCAGUUCACCAGAAGCCCCCAGUUCACCAGAAGCCCCCGCAGACGCUGAUGCACACAAACCAGAGGAAGCGGUGUCUUCUGUGGACGGGAGUUGAUUCAUGGGCAAACGUUUUAAAUAAACCUUCUGCAUUUUC